GGUCGUGCAGGUUAUUCGCACAUAACUAUUAAUAGCACAUAUUUGUAUAUAACCCGUUUUAGCUGGUUAUUAUUUAAAAUAUGAAACUAAAGUGAAGUGUUGAGUGAUAAAUAUUGCUAAUUUAAAUCUCGAAAAUUAAAGAAAAUGUUAAGGUAAAAUAGGGUUAAUUAAAAAGUGCAUUUCAAAUCUGAUGUGAUUAGAUAACCUGAUUCAUUUGAUGAUCGUAUCAUAUUAGAGCAAUGAAGCAAGUGAUAAUACUAGCAAUUUUUAUAUUAAAAGUUCAAAGUGACGACGAUAGUGGCUGGGCUUUUGUAGGCGCUCCUUUAGCGGCAGCUCGUCCUUGCAAUGGUUCCAAUGAUAUAUCUCUGUCUUUCGAACCCGGUCACCCACCUGAAGAGGAGAAUCAAUACAACCUGUUUUUAAAUAAAAAAUAUCCGGCACAAUCUAAAAUUAUAUUGAAAUUUGAUACCGGUGCCAGUAUCACAUUGCACGAUAAAAGUUUUGCUAGAGUGUCUUCCAAUCCAGAUAACUCGUUCACAAUUCGUUUUUUCAAAGCAAACCAUGGAGUUGGUUUGACAGUAAAAGGACUGAUACCUGGAGUUAUACCCUAUUUAACGAGUGUUAAAAUAAAUACUCGGGAGUAUUGUUCUAAGCCUUUGGUGGGUGUUCUAGACUCAUACUUACAAGGUUAUCAAGAUACAGCUGAAACUCCUGAUCUAAGACCAAAAGAGAACUGUGGAAGACGACGAGUUACGCACACAGAGCUUAUUGUUAACGGAGCCUUGACGAAACCAGGAGACUGGCCUUGGCAUGUGGCUUUAUAUAGAAUUGAUCAUUCAACUAUAAAAUACAUUUGUGGUGGAACACUUAUUUCCAAGAAUCAUGUCUUAACAGCUGCACACUGUACUACAAUUCGAGGUGUCCCUGUGCUACCAGAAACUUUGAGUGUAGUUCUAGGAAAGUUUAAUUUGAUCGGAGGAGACACAGAAUCCCAAGAAAGAGAGGUAUAUAGUAUUAUUAUUUAUGAGCAAUUUGACCACAGACUGCUAGAAAAUGAUAUUGCCCUAGUGAAACUGAAAUCUGAAGCAGUAUUUAAUGAUUACAUACAGCCUGCAUGUUUGUGGUACCCCAAAGCUGUGGAGAGACUACCGGGUACAGAAAUCUUUGGUACCAUUGUAGGAUGGGGAUUCGAGAAUACUGACGCCUUAGCACCUCAGUUACGAAAAGCUAAAAUGCCCAUUGUAUCGGAGAGCACGUGUUUAAAGAGUAAUCCUGUCUUCUACUCAAGGCUUCUUAAAAAUAACAACAAAUUCUGUGCGGGCUAUCGUAAUGGAACAUCAGCGUGUAAUGGUGAUAGUGGAAGCGCUUUUCAAGUAUUCCUUCCAGACACAGCUAAAGAUGAUAACCCAGAUGCCGUUGGGUCUUGGUACGUCCGCGGAAUCGUGUCUGUUACAUUAUCGAGAGUAGAUGCGGCCAUUUGCAAUCCAGAGCAAUAUGUCGUAUUCACAGACGUUGAAAAAUAUAAAAAUUGGAUCGAAAAACAUAUAAACAACAAAAUGAAGAAAGUCAUAUUAUAUUUAAUGAUUCUAUGUUGUAUAGAGAUUCAAUGUGUGGAAGAAUCGAAAAUUUUUGUUCCAACCUACAAUACUAACCCGUGCAAUGGUUCCGAAGAUAUAAAGAUUUCAUACGACUCAAAUGUAUCCAAGGAGGAACAAUAUCAAUAUAACGUUUUGAUUAACAAAACAUUCACAAAAAAUUCGAGAAUAGUUUUAACUCUUAGUUCCGAUAGUACGGUCACCUUGAAGGAUCCAAGUUUUGCAAGAGUAUACCCAAGGAGGAAGACAACGUUCGAAAUACGUGUAUUCAAACUACAUAGUGGGCUUAUAUUCAAUGUACAAGGACAAAUACCAAAAACUGUACCACAAAUCAAGAGCCUAAUUAUAAACAAUAAAGAACAUUGCAGGCACCCAUUGUUGAGAUACUUUGAAACCCAAUAUUGGGAAAACAAAGACUACAUUCAGAACGUAUACAGGAAGUCAGAAGGGACUUGUGGAAGGCGAAAAGUAGUAACCACUAAGUAUUUGCAAGGUGUCUCUUCUACAAAACCAGGCGACUGGCCAUGGCAUGCGGCUAUUUAUAAACACGAUAACACAGAAAUGAAAUAUAUCUGUGGUGGAACACUUAUAUCAAAUAAAUAUGUAUUAACAGCUGCUCAAUGCUCGUCCUCAGAAGGUUAUCCAUUUGUGCCGGAAACUUUGAGUGUAUUCCUUGGGAAAUUCAAUUUGGUUGGAGGUGAUGAAGGCUCUCAAGAAAAAGUGGUAAAUAAUAUUAUUAUCCACGAGAAUUUCAACUACCGGAAUUUAGACAAUGACAUCUCACUACUGAAAUUGAAGACUGAUGUAGAGUUUAGCAAUUACGUACAACCUGCGUGCUUGUGGUAUAACAAAGCGUAUAAUUAUCUGCAAACUGGUGAUGUUUUUGGAACAUUAGUAGGCUGGGGUUUCGAUACAACUGACUCAUGGUCGCCACAUCUCCAGCAAGUUCAGCUACCGAUGGUUCCUGAAAGAGUUUGCCUGCAAAGUAACCCUCGUGCCUACUCUGGAGUUCUUAACAGUAAUAAGUUCUGCGCUGGCUAUGGCGUAGGAGAGGUCAGGACACGUGGUCAAGGAACAUCAAAUUGCAAUGGCGACAGUGGCACUGCCUUCGAAAUCUUCAUCCCGGACAACGUGAGAGACAAGGGCACGGACGCGCCUGGUACGUGGUACGUUAGAGGCAUCGUGUCAUUGACUGUCCCUCUUCGCGAUUCGCCGGCCUGUGACCCUAACCAGUACGUCGUGUUCACCGACGUAAACAAAUACAAAGACUGGAUAGAUUACCACUUAAAAUAUUAACUCAAUAACAUGACUGUUAAGGUCUAAGGGACCCCGUGAACGAUAAAAAUUUUCGUCAAAUAAAAUUGUCAAACAUACAAAAUGAAAAUGUCAAACAAGUUUGUAAACAUAUUCUAGUUAUCGGGUUGCCUGAAGAAGAUUAUAUUUUUAUGAUAAAAAAUAAUUUAUUAGACAUUAAUGUAACUAUUACGUGACUUUAUAUGCAUUUAUGAUAAAUAUAUUAUUUAAAAUUAGAAUCUAAUAACAUAUAAUAAAAUUUUAAAUCAAG